GAAAGGUUGACGAGCUGAAAGUCUCGAGUCAAGUCUCGAGUCUGGGUUAAGGUUUGUCACAUUUUGGAGAGCAAAAUAGAAUCUACAUGUAGAUUCCCCACAGGCAGGGUGGUUACAGUGAACACAUUGCAGAUCUUUGAACUUGGCAUCUCUGAGUGUUAUUUACAAAUGUUCCAAACUACCCAGUACCAGUAUGCUAAAGCCAGUCACACUACUCUCUUCUCAGUGUAAGAAAUCUGUGACCAAGUUAUUAUGCAAAGGAUGCUUAAGUCAGCUACAGAAAACACAGUCAAGGACCGCAUUCAACAUCUUCCAGAAAUGGGGUAAAAAGACAGAACCAGUUUCACCAAGUAACUACUCAGUGGUCAAAGCUGGAAAGGUGAGUCCAUUUAGGACAGUCCCAGAAGAAAUAGAGAUGCCAGAUUAUGCACAUUCUGGCAUUCCGACGAUGGCUCCACAGAGGAAGGUUUUUCUAUUAGAUCAUGCUUCUAUUGAAUGUAUGAGAGAGGCUGGUAGAUUAGGUCGAAAACUUCUAGAUCUUACAGCAUCGUGUAUAGAGGUUGGAGUCACAACAGAUCAGUUAGAUGAAAUUCUUCACGAAGCCUGCAUAGAUAAUAAAGCAUACCCUUCAACUCUCAAUUACAACUCCUUCCCCAAGUCAUUAUGUACAUCAGUCAACAAUGUGAUGGUCCAUGGUAUACCUGACGAUAGACCUCUUGAAGAUGGCGAUAUCAUCACUGCAGACAUCACAGUAUACUUGAAUGGUUUCCAUGCUGAUCUAUCAGAAACUUACCAAGUAGGGAAUGUAGAUGAUGCUGGUAAACGCCUCAUUAAAUAUGCUAAGAAAUGCAGAGAUGAAGCAAUCAAAGAAUGCGGACCAGAUGUUCCCAUCAGUGCUAUUGGAAAUAUGAUAUCGAGGAUAGCAGCAGAAGGCAACUACUAUGUAUGUCCAUCUUUUAUAGGCCAUGGAAUCAACACAUAUUUUCAUUGUAAACCUGAUAUUUGGCACUAUGCAAAUUCCUAUCCCGAGGGAAUGGCAGCUGGUAUGACGUUUACAAUAGAACCUGUUAUCUUAGAGAGAGUAGAUAGGAUGGUUACAGGAAAUGAUAACUGGACAGUCUAUGCACAAAAUCAUACAAGAUCAGCCCAGUUUGAGCACACAGUCCUUAUAACAAAGUCAGGUUUUGAGGUCUUGACUGCUGGAGAAGAUGAGGACUUUUCCAUCACACCCAAAGAAGAGUCGGUAUCAAUGGUUGAGGAUCAAGAAAAAUCAAUUCAGAAAGAUGAAUGGACGUUUUCAGAUCAGAAAACGUGAUAUCAAUGGCAAACCUGGAAUGAUAUAGGUAGAUUAUUUUACUAAUCAUGCCCAUUUUUUAAAUUGGAAGAUUUGAAAUAACAUAAAUAUUAACAAAGCUUAGCAGAGCUUGAUCGUACUGUUGAUGUAUGAUUGAUCAUAGACAAUGAUCAAUUCAAUUACUUUGAAAACCAGCCCUAAGAUCAAACGCUAAGUUACUAAUCUUUGUGUUACAGGGUCUUGAUCCUCACUCUCAGAUAAAUACAGUUUUGUAUCAACUGCGCUAUGAACGCCUAGCUUAGCCGGGUAAUAUAGGAGUGCCUUGAGCACCUAACAAGGUUGAUAUGUGCGCAAUAUAAAUACCCUAUAUUAUUAUUAUUUGCCACUACACAUAGAUGGUUUGUCUUUUGACAAGAAGAGGGGAUAUAAAGGGGUUAUUUCGAAUCACUUAUUUUGAUCUGGGAACUGUUUCAUAAAGGUCUUCAUGAUGUCAUGCACAGCUGACCAAGUGGGUUUGUCAAUCAUUUUUACUCACAAAUUCGGCUACUAUUAAGUUGUGGUGAUGUAGAUUAUCAUAGCGCACACUGUGGGUGCAAAGUAUUAUUUGCCACAAUGAAGGCAACUUGUCAAAAGUCUGUGACAUGUUUUUUUGCAGGAAUCCUGCUAUUAAGCUGCUGUGCUUCUUUUCACAGCAGUUUUGCCACAUCUCCAAUUAUUGAUGAAUGUGAAAAUCAGUAAUGAAAAGCUGCUCAAGUGCAAGAAUCCUGCAUGAAAGAUGCAUAUCUGAUUUUUGACAAGGGCCUAAUCAGAUCAUUGCGAUUACUGUCGUUCUUUCUUCAACCAUCAGAAAAAAAUGUAUACCUCACAUUUUGGCACUUCAUAUAAAGUCUUCUGUAAAGUCAUAGAUAACUUAAUGAACGGCUUUAUGGCAUACACCCGCAUUGUAACUGCUAAUUGUUAACUGUUUUGCCCCUCUUACCUGGAAUCACAACCACUGUAGUUUAUUAAUUACGGGAGUUGGGUCAACAUUUUUGUUACAAAUCAGCACUUACUAUAUGUCAUGUGAGAUGCAUGACACAUUGCUGCAUGGGAACCUGCUAGCUGCAUCUCCUACAUGAUGUAGAGUCAUCAUUCAUCAAAACGUUUUUGAUCUAGAUGAAUUUACAAUGGAACCUGAUGUUGCAGAAUGUUAAUAAAAUUAUAGUAUUCAAGUCACACAUCACUAUUACAUGUAACUGAUACAAUAUCCUUCCACAAAUAUCAUACAUGACCACAUUCAUUCAUUUAAUUUCAUGCUCUCUUAAUUCUGUUUCUGAACCCCUUAAUUAUGAAAGGAGAGGGAGGGGAUAAAGAAUUCUAUGUAUCCCUGCAGAUUACAAUGUUAGAAAGGAGUUUCUCUUUUACCACAUUUGGCCAUCUUUACCGUUUUCCCCCUUUUUAGAGAGGAAAUAAAAUCUAGAUUUAAUUAAGUAUGAAAAAAAAGUGACCAUAAGAACUAUCCUUCUCAGCCAAUCAAAUUCAACAGACGUCAGAAGUGACAACCUGUCACGUGAUAAAAGUUGAUGAAAUACUGCCAGGCAUGCCUUUUCACAAAAAAGGAUACAUUCAAUGUUUUUCUUCUUAGUUCAAAGGUGCUUUGGAUCUUCCUUUAGCACCAUAUUUCAAAUGAUUUUAAUUUCAUCCUAGUGUCUUCCUUCAAUGCUUAUCUUUUACUCUUGUCCAUGUAUUGAUAUCUCUGUAAGAAAUUUGUCAAUAACUACAUGAUGUAUUUUGAUUAGGCAUAAUUACCUCACAGGGGGGGGGGGUGAUUAAAGAAUGCCUAGGAUCAUGAAGAGAGUAACAUAUUUCUUAAAUCAUUUGAUUUUAUAAAAAUGAAGUAUUUAAGAAUAAAAUGAGGAUUUAUGUAUAAUCAAAACAUAUGACUGUGAAUCCUGAUUAUUGAUUUUUUUUUACAGCAAAUCAGAGAUUAAACAUUGUUGAUUUCAACAUUUGCUGAUCAACACUUUAUUUUUUGUAAAGCAUUAUAUUCUACCAAAGAUGCUUCAUAUAUACAUGUUUCUGAAAGAGACGUGAUAGUUACAUUAAGAAUUAAAAAUGCAUUUGCUCAGAUCGUCCCAUUACUUAGUUUUUUUUAUGUCUUCCAUUAUAGUGAUAGUAAGAGAAAGGGGUAAAAUUCAACGAGAGACUUUAUGUCAUGUUUUUCAAUGUAUUUCUAUGGCUUUAACCUAAUUUCUUGUUUAAGAAACUCAAGAACAUAAAGAGAGCAUCUUUAAAAUCAAUGUGAACAUUUAUCAUUUUAUUGUUGUUAUUCCCCGCCAAAUCACCAACAUAAUAUGUUGUUAAGAAAACUUGAGCAAUAUCUCAUUUUCUACCAAAAUCAUUUGCCAAAUAAUUUCAGUAUUUAAAUACAAGCGUUUAAAUUGUUUUUAAUUGGGUUUGUUUUAAUGUAACCAUUGAUAUCAGUUCUGGAAUUUGUUUUAUAGUCUCACUUGGAGUAUUUUCAGUGAGAUUUACGUGAACCAGUUUUAUUUGUUGGUUUUAAAUUCAUGUUUUUUUCUCUUUUUUUGGGGGGGGAGUAUAAGAUUACAGCACAAAUGCCUUAAUGCCCAAGAUGUAAAUGUUGUGCAAUGCCAUUUAAUUUUUAAAUAGGUAUUAAAGUGAUUUAUACUUAAAAAUAA